AUGGCUUUGAAAUCUGAUUCUAUUGAAUGCCGGAGCGGGCAAACGCACACCGAAACUGCAACUGCAAAAGAAGACACGCAUGCAUGCGAGCCCGUUAAGCGUCCGGUCUAUCAGCUCAGCCAGCGCGGCUACGACAAUCUUUUGAUAUUCUUGACAACGCUCUUCAUCUUUGAAGAGACCGGUAUCCCUUAUGUCCUUCGAACGGACUGUGCCGUUGACUCCGACACUCCAAAGCGACUUCGUCUACGUCUUCUCCUGUUCUCAUCAGUCAAUGAAAGCUUCCUCAUGGCGCUGUUGUUCUUCGCAUAUGGUCAACUUGAUCAGCGAACCUCCUCGGCUGCAACUCCUUCUGGAAAAAUGUCUACAUGGGGUUUUUCAGCGGGCUUAAAGAGACUCGUACCAGCAAUAGCGUCCAAGCUUCUCCUCGAGAUGAUUCGGUUGUCAGUGCCAUCCACCGUCGAAGAAGCACGGGUUCAGACAUCAACGGUGAAUCCCAUCGUCUUUUUCCCUAUCCUGCUUUUGGCCUUUGAUUUCACUACGUCGACUCUCGUGGAACAGCUUGGCAGCUCCAGGCUGGCCGUAUACUUGGAGCAGUUUCAAGGGGAACGAAAAUUUGUGGUCCCGGUAUAUUGGCUAUUACUUGCGGAGGUGGAUUUCUUCGUCCGCACCCUGUUUCCGACCAGCGUUAUGUCGACAUCAGCUUUCCGACCGACAGAUGUCCCGAAAUACUUCUUUGCCUACAUCUGGGGCCGUCUGUCCGUCUCAACGCGGGACGUCUACAUCCUCGCCAUUACCCCGGGCUUGCAGCUACCAAUCAUCUCCAUGGCGCUCAGUGUGCUGUUCAGCAAUCUCGCCUUGCUGGACUUACUGGGUGCGGCGAUCCCCAACCUCACGAAAAACGACGUCGUCUCUGAAAGCGUCGAGAGCGCGCUCCGCAAGAUGGGCGGGGGUCUCACUUACCACGCGGCCAUGUAUAGUGUCUGGAAAACUCUCAGCUUCGCGAGCAUUGCGCCCACGCUCCUAGCCACGUUUGUCGAGCACACGGAUCAGGACUUCUCCGUCACCAUCCCAGUUGUGGGCAGGAGGUCGCUGAAGAAAUACGCGUACGCUGCAUUCCUGCUGUACAUGCCUCUCAGCAGGCUCGUUCAAGUGGGAGUGGACGCGAUCAGCGUGCGGGUGUUGGGAGGAAUUGAAGUGGUGCGCCUUCUUGAGACACACAGCUCCAUCGGCUCAGGGCUGGUGGUGGCAUUCUUUGGGACCCUGAACACAAUCCUGUCGUGGAUGGUUGCAUGCAUUGUGGUAGAAUGCAUCCCACAUGCAAGCCAGAUUCUGUGA